AUGAAUUGUACCACUGAUAUUAAAACUCUACUCGCCAUUGGUACAAAGUCAUUUUCUAUGCCUCCUUCCCAUCCAAAUAAUGGCACUGCUUCCAACCAGCUAUUAUCAGGGCAGCUGAACAGUCAAUUUGUUCAUCAUGAAGCUCAGAGAUCCACAGAAUCUCCUUACCCAAUAUCUUGUACGGAUAUUGACCAACUUGCUCAUAAUAUAACAUUGAAUCCUCAAGAACAAGAGUUAUCAAACUCCAAAGCUUUAAGUUCAUAUAAAAAACAAGAAGUGUAUCCUUGGAAUCAAACUAGACUGCCUUUUGUGGCAAAGCAAGUUGGAGAUUCACGGAUAUCACCGGAACAAGGACACCCAGAAAACAUCAAAUCACAGAAACCACGUCCUUUAAAUUCAAAAAAAUCUAGUCGUAAGAGGAAGAAAAAACUAUUUCGAUCAAAAAAACCCAAAAUAAAUAACCCAGAGAAAUCAUUAGAUUUUUAUUUAAAGUUGGAUCAGGUUCCAACUGGUAAAGAAGAUAAAUUUCAAGAGUACGACAGUGUGGCCAAGCCUAUAAGUGAUUUGACUACCAAAUCUACCAUGUUCACAUGGCAGGAAGAUAAUGAGGCCUCCGAGUCACAACCACCUGUAACAAAAAAACCAAAAAGUAGUAUCAGCGGCGAAAAGAUCUCGACAUACCUAAGCCAAUCCCCAGAAAAACUAACUCAUUACGAGUCCCCUGGAAGUGCGUCUGAUUCAGAAGAUCCUCUCUCAAGCCUGUUUCCCUCAAAAUACUUUAGUUCAAUAUCUACUCUUGUAUUUAAACUCCCGAAGCCUUGUUUUUCGGCCCAAACUACGUUGAGUACAGCUUGCUCAUCUCUUUCGCUCCGAAAGACGAAUCGAAUAGUCGAGAGUUCUAUCAAUAGUUUAGACGAAUCAGAACACCUAGAUGAGCUUUCUAGGCCCGAAAGUUUUAUUCUCACCGACUCAAGAUCGUCAGCCCCAGAAAGUUACCACCGGGCAUUUGAGAGGUCUGAGAAAAUGACAAAACUUCGAUCAUGCUCACCGAGCGUAAACGGGAAUAUGAAUGAGCUACGGACUGAAAACCCGGAUCAAUUUCCUGGACCCGAAAAUUUUAUUUUCACCGACUCAAGAUCGUCGGCCCCAGAAAGUUACCACCUGGCAUUUGAGAGGUCUGAGAAAAUGACAAAACUCCGAUCAUGCUCACCCAGCGUAAACGGGAAUAUAAAUGAGUUACGGACUAGAAAUUUAGAUGAAAGUCUUGAACCUGAGCAAUUUGUUCUCAUAAAUUCAAAAUCGGCAGUCUCUGAAGAAAGCCAUCAGGGUCCCAAGAAAUCUGAAAGAAGGCUAAAAUCACGAACAUACAUGCCAAUCUUGAAUAGAGAUCUAGUUGAGUUACAGGCCAAGAAAAAGAGCUCAUCAAGAUUCCAUCACCACCUCGAUGUGCCAGUACCAGAACCUGUCUAUUAUCCCUUCAAAUGUGAGUGGCAGGGAUGUCCAGCUGAGUUAAUGAACAUGGAGAUUUUACGGAAGCAUGUAUAUAUGCUCCAUAGUGCAAAGUUAGAAAGCGGUGGACGUCGCUGCCUCUGGAAGAAGUGUGGUCAGGCAUGGGAAGCAGCAGUAACGGCAAAGGAUGAAGAUAUAAAGUCGCCCCACGGUCACUAUCCGAACGAUAACGAGACAACCUACCUACGCCAGACUUUUUACACAAGGAAGCAGUGGAAACAGCAUAUUGAAGAAUGCCAUUUGAUUCCUUUCUCUUGGCAUAUGGGCGAUGGGCCGCGCGGGUCUCAACUAGCCAAACAAAGCACCAUCUGGCAUCAACCUUAUCUCUACAACGCUAAUGGAUUCCAAAUCACCCCAUCUGUCGCUGCACAACCUAUAGAGGAGGGUCGGGCGUGUAAAUUAAAUGCUCGUCGCUUUCAAUGGCAAAGUGGCAAGGGUAUCUUUGGUGAAGAAAUACUCGUUCCUAUAAUCGACUGUGCCGAUAACGCUCUGAAAUAA